AUUUUACUGUGGGCAGCUCUCCCGACGACGACCGAGGACGACGUCUCGGUGCAGAUCAGAACCUUACAAAACAAUGCUGCCAAGGAUAUUAAGCAGGCGGGCCUGCCUCCUGCCCAGGGCGCCGGCCUCGAGGCGCCUCGCGCCAGCCCAGCGCCGGGGCGUCUCGGCGGCGCCCAGGCCCGGCGACGGCCCGCUGAUGGAGCGCCGCGCCGAUCGGGAGCUUCCCGACCCCGAGUCCACCCAGUUCCGCUGGUCGCGCACCCUCCCCGCCUUCCUGGCCAUCAUCGGCGCCAGCAGCGUCGCCAUCUUCAACUACCAAAAGAUGUCGAGCCCCGUUGUGUCGUCGACGCUGUACGCGCUGCGCGUGUCGCCCGAGGCGCGCGCGUACCUGGGCGACGAGAUCUACUUCAAGCAGCAGAUCCCCUGGAUCGGCGGCGAGAUGAACCAGCUGCACGGCCGCAUCGACAUCCGCUUCGCCGUCAAGGGCACCCGCAACGCCGCCGUCAUGCGCUUCGCCAGCUCCCGCCCCACGGCGCGAGGCAUGUUCCAGACGACCGAGUGGAGCCUCGAGCGCGAGGACGGCACCAAGAUCGACCUGCUCGCCGGCAGCGACCCCUUCAGGGGCAUCCAGGUCGACAAGGGCCUGGACGGCUACUUUGACGACGACGACGAGCUCGCCACCAGGGGCUUCAGGCAGAUGAACAAGAAAUGAGCGGCGUUGGUGGCGGCGGGCGCCUAGGUGGGAAAUUGUGACGGAUGCUCUCCUUUCCAUGCAUCUAUACUGCUUCUGCAUCAACAAAACCCGCCAGCUAUGUCUCUACUACAGGUCCAUGUACAACAGAAAAAGAAAAAAACAAAUGAGCAUUUCCGUGUCCGCGUGAUAUAUACUACAACAAGGGUAUCAUUUUCGAGCAUGUUUAGGCCACACACAAGCCAUGAUAAUACCCCUGAAAUCAAUCCCU